AUGCCACAACAAGCAUCUUUCCAAACACUCGUACGUGAACGGCCCAAAGUAUCUAUCUCAUCACCUCGUAUGUUGAUGUUGAACCCAAACCAUUUCUUACCGAGAAGAUCUGGACGUAGCAAAACUUCUAAUGCAUUUAUGAUAUAUCGUAAGGUAUAUAAUAAAGUGCUCAUGAUAAAUGGAUUACCAUCAAAAAUGACAGAAGUAUCGCGUUGGGCAUCAGAGGCUUGGAAAUUUGAAAAGGAGGAAUUAAAGAACGAAUAUCGCGAUUUUGCAAAGAGAGUGAAAGAGGUUUAUCGUGAAAGAUCACAAAUAUUGGAAGGUCCGCGUACAAUUUUACCAAUUCGACCAGAUAUUCAAAACCUAUCAGUACCAAUUAGAGAACAGCCAAAUAAUUUUAUCGUGGAGGAAUCUGUUCAACUAUUACCAGAAUUUUUUCUUCAAUAUCCUUACAAUCUUGAACCUAUCUGUCCUUCAAUUAGGCACGAUAUAUGCGAUAUCUUUCUGCCUCAAAUUCAAAAUCCUCAAUUUGAUGAUAUUGAAAUUAACAACUUUUUAAUGCAAGAAUUCCAUUGGACUCCUACUCCAAUUUAUGAAGAUGAGGAUUUGAAUAUGAAUUUCUUUCAUGACGAUUUCUAUUAA